AUGGCUUCAGGACAGAUCAGAGACAUGGACAGAGGACAAAAAAGGGAUUUGGCCUCGGGAGACAUGGGGGACUUGGCCCCUGGAGAGGUGCGGGACUUGGCCCCUGGAGAGGUGCGGGACUUGGCCCCAGGAGAGAUUUUCUUCUCGUUGGCAGUAUUGCACAUAAUGAAGAUGGAACAUGAUUCAUCUUCUUGUGUCCUCGCUGAGUAUCUGGGUCUGGUCAGUCAGGUCCAGGCUGCGACCUCAGGAUGA